AUGGCUUCUCGACAUCUUCAGGGUGUUGCUCUGAUCACAGGCGCGGCCAGCGGCAUUGGGCGAGCAAUCGCCCACACAUUUGUGGCCGAUGGAUGCAAAAGGAUUGUUCUUGUUGAUGUGAACGAAGAUGGACUGAAAGUUGUGUCGAACGAGCUUGAGGGCCUGGACGCAAGCAUCAAGACUUGUAGAAUCAUGUGCGACGUAUCAUCGGAAGAGCAGGUGGACAGGAUGGUGCAAGAAGCUGUCGCUGCAUUCGGAUCGAUACAUUAUGCCGUCAACAACGCCGGCAUCUCGAGCAAGCCACGCGUGAGAACGCACGAGCUCGAGGUGGAGUCGUAUGAUCGUGUGCAGAACGUCAACCAGAGAGGCGUCUGGCUUUGCGAGCGAGCGGAGCUGAGGCAGAUGCUCAAGCAGGAGCCGGUCCUCCAAUCCAGAUUUGGGACACAUCGACAACGUGGUGCAAUUGUCAACAUCUCGUCAAUCUUCGGCAGAGUGUCGCAUGAGAACGUCGGCGCUUACGCAGCCUCCAAAGCGGCCGUAUUGGGGAUUUCUCGCACGGAUGCCUGCGCCUAUGGCAGAGACGGUAUUCGCGUCAACUCCGUUUGCCCAGGAUACAUCAGAACGCCUUUGCUCGAUCAUCAGAUCAAGAUAGGCACUUAUCCGGAAAACAUGAUCAAAGCCAUACCGAUGGAGCGAUGGGGUUUGGCGGAGGAGGUUGCCGAGGCCGUGGUGUUCCUGGCGAGCGAGAAAGCUAGUUUCAUCACUGGCGAAGAGCUGUAUGUGGAUGGAGGCUCAGUCUUCAAGUGCGCCGGCUGA